CUCGGCGCCGCCAUGGUGGGCGCGGGGGCCCCGGCGCCGCUCGAGAACGCCAACCCGCUCAUCUACCGGCGCUCCGGCGAGCGGCCCGUCACGGCGCGCGAGGAGGACGACGAGCUGCCCGACUCCAUCGACGACCGCGAGAUCUUCGAUCUCAUCCGCUCCAUCAACGACCCCGAGCACCCGCUGACGCUGGAGGAGCUCAACGUGGUGGAGCAGGUCCGCGUGAAGGUGAACGACGCCGAGAGCACCGUGUCCGUGGCCUUCACCCCCACCAUCCCGCACUGCAGCAUGGCCACCCUCAUCGGCCUCUCCAUAAAGGUGAAGCUGAUCCGGUCGCUGCCAGAGAGGUUUAAGGUGGAUGUUCACAUAACACCAGGAACACACGCCUCUGAGCAUGCAGUUAACAAACAGCUUGCCGAUAAAGAACGUGUAGCAGCUGCUCUGGAAAACUCUCACUUGCUGGAAGUGGUGAAUCAGUGCUUGUCUGCUCGCUCAUAAUUGCCCUCUGAAGAAACCUUUGGCAUUAUUAAGCUAAUUUUGUAUAUAGUGAUGUGUUUCACUAUCUGUAUAUCUAUAAACAAAACAAAGUUAUUGUAUUUUUUAAAGAAAUGUUUCAUUAUUUUACAAAUAUUAGUAUGUGGGAAAUUAUAUUACAGGUAAAUACACAAAUAUAAAAAUUGAUCUUUACAUUUAUUAACUAUAGCCCAGUGAGAUUUUUCUGAAAUAGAAAAUAGUCACAUCACUGGCUGUUAAAAUAUGACACUUACUGAAGUUCAACUACAUUUCUACCACAGACAGCUGUUGGGUGAGAGACAGUUUUAAUUCUGGACCACAUGGGGAAGGGGGGAAAGACUUUUAAAUAAAUACACCAAGUGUUUUGGUGCUCGCAUACAUGCAGUGUUGUAUACCAGAUAUCAAAUACCUACACCUUCCUCAGGUAGAUGGAGAGCGAGUACCUCAUACCCUUUUUUCCCCUCUCCCCCAAAAUAUACUGUGCUGAUCAUAUUUAUAAUACUCUUUCAGUACUAGUUUCUCUUGAAGAAUCUUGGAGGAUCCUUUAAAAUAGUGAACCUUAUUAACACAGACUAUGUAAAUCACAGCCUGACACUUCUACCGGGUUGUUUUAAAAAAAAACAGUAAUAGCCAGGUAGCAUAGCUCAAAUCAGAACAAACUAGGACAUAAAGAAGUCCUAAUUUCCUUUCAAUUUGAGGAAUGAGGUACCUAGUAUUCACAGGGCUUGUGGAGAAUGCCAGCUCUGCAGCAGCCUUCAUCUGCUUAUUUGGCUUAGCAUCCUUUGAAUGAUCCGUUCUUGCGUGGAUGCAUGAAUUUGAAAUUGUAAAUGAAGACAAUAUUUGUGUAAUACUAGUACUGGAAAAGCAGCAGAAAGUGCCUUCUGUUAGCAUCACUUUCCCUCUCUGCCUCUCCUGUUGAAUCAUUAAUCAGUUCUGAUGUUGGCAGCCAAUGCACCACAAAUGAAAACUUGAACCAUGACAGUGCGUGCAGGCAUCUCAGGGGUGACAGAUUUUGUUGGAUUUUUUUGUUUUUCUUUUUUUCUUUUUUAACAGAAAGUGAAUGGUGCCUUCCAAGCUUUACAGGAAAAUUGCAGUGCAAAUAUGUGUGUGGGGAAAACAGAAGGAUGAGUAAGCUGUCAACAGAUUGCUUCAACCUGCACUCCAAAUGGAAAGGGAAUCUGGACGUUAUGGUUAAUUGAAUCAGUACUGCUCAGCUUUUGGUGUUAUAAGAGAUUAAACAACUUAUUGGGAUGUUGGCAUUUGCCUUGCCAACAUGAUAACACACAUGUACAUGAUAACACUGGAGGGGCACCCUAUAAAUAAUAACCCUGGGGCAUUUUUUUAAAAAUCACUUACCUUUUCAAAGCAGCAA